GCUUAAAAUUUCCUUUGAUAUGAGUGAAUGUAGUUACUGUAUUGUUUUGAGUGAGAGAAUUAGAAAAUCAGUUUUUAUUUAGUUUAGACAGGAAGAUGGAGAAUCGAAGAGGGCAGCCUUUGGUAUGCUGCCAAGUUUUUUUAAAUUAUUUAAUUCGGUUAUCCGAAAUACCGAUGGCUUGGGUUUUGGUUCGAACUUCUAAAACCCCAGGCCCAAUCCUCCCUUGGAUUCCGCCACCGCUGCUCUCCUUUCCUUUUCUCAUCAAUUCAAGUGUUCCUUCUGAAAUUGUUAGGAGAAAGUUCUGAAAUUGCAAUGAAGGGGAAAGAAACGAAGAGGGGGUCCUCAUCCACUAAUUUGGAUUCCCACGAACCCAGAAUGGACAUCAAGUCCAUUCUGAAAGAUAUUGAAUUUUUGGGAUCCUCACACAUGACAUGGAAACAGAAAAAGGACUUGGAGAAUAAGAAGGUAGUGUCACUUGGUGGAAAGCCUCCAAAGAAACAGAGGUUACCUCUUAGUGUUGCAAGAGUUGCAAUGAAGAAUCAAAAGGGAAGAGAAGAAAAAAUGCUUCAAGAGAGAGCUAUACUCGGAAGGUUUGGAGCCUACAGUAGCAGUAGUUCGAAGAAGGUGGCAGAGAGGCGGCCAGCAGAGGACAGAAUUUUGAAGUCGAUUCAAGGCAAUUUCAGAAAAGGGGUUCUCAACGUCGAACAUCUGUUACAACCCUCAGCCCCUGAAGCAUCUAACGACAUGGGCAGACACCCUACCGGUAAAGGGAAGAAGAAGAAGAAGAAGAAGAAGAAGAAGAAAGACAACGGCAAAAAAAGUCAUGGCAAGAGAAAGGGUGGUGGUGGUAAGAAGCGUCACUAGGAAUAUCUCAAAUUUACCCUUUUGAAUCCUUCUUCGGCUCGCUCAAGUAAGCAUGUAGAACAUAUACAUUAAUGGCCUGUAGCUCAGAUAUGUUUUGCUGCUCAAUAUAAUGAAAUUUUGUGCUGCUAA